UCCUCUCUCUCUCUCUCUCUCUCUCUCUCUCUCUCUCUCGUGUUCUUCACAUUUUCUCUCUAUCCCAAAAUGCCCAUGGCUUUCUCCGAAAACUCUCGCCAAGCCCUCCUCCCUUCCCUCCUCUACACUCCUCCCAAACUCCAAUAUCUCCAUAACCUUCUCAAUCCAAACCCUACCUUCUCUCCACAACCAACUCCUACUUCUAAUGUCGUCUCUCAAUCUGAGGCUUUUCUCGUCCCAGCGCCCAGCGAGCCGGCGAAGAUCAAGAUGCACUCUCCAGCUUUCUAUGCUGCCUGCACCGCUGGCGGGAUAGCCAGCUGCGGCCUCACGCACACGGCUGUCACGCCUCUCGAUCUCGUCAAGUGCAACAUGCAGAUUGACCCUGCAAAGUACAAGAGCAUCGUGUCUGGGUUUGGUGUGUUGUUUAAAGAGCAGGGAGUUAAAGGUUUCUUCAGGGGCUGGGUGCCGACGUUGCUUGGUUACAGUGCUCAGGGUGCCUGUAAGUUUGGAUUCUACGAGUUCUUUAAGAAGUACUACUCUGACAUUGCUGGUCCAGAGUUUGCGGCCAAGUAUAAGACCCUGAUCUACCUUGCGGGGUCUGCAUCUGCCGAAGUGAUUGCGGAUAUUGCUCUUUGCCCAAUGGAGGCAGUGAAGGUCCGGGUCCAAACCCAGCCCGGAUUUGCUAAAGGCUUGUCUGAUGGUUUUCCCAAGUUUGUCAGAACCGAAGGCGCUCUUGGGUUGUAUAAGGGGCUUGUUCCUCUUUGGGGUCGCCAAAUUCCAUAUACCAUGAUGAAAUUUGCAUCUUUUGAGACCAUUGUGGAGAUGAUAUACAAGUACAGUAUUCCCACCCCAAAGGACAAGUGCAGCAAACAGCUGCAGCUCAGUGUGAGCUUCGCCGGUGGCUACAUUGCUGGUGUCUUCUGUGCCGUUGUUUCUCACCCUGCGGACAAUCUUGUGUCUUUCCUCAACAAUGCAAAGGGGGCCACUGUCGGGGAUGCUGUGAAGAAGCUUGGGUUGUGGGGUCUCUUUACCCGAGGGCUUCCUCUUCGCAUUGUCAUGAUUGGUACUCUGACUGGAGCACAAUGGGGGAUCUAUGAUGCUUUCAAAGUUUUUGUUGGCCUGCCAACUACCGGUGGAGUCGCUCCUCCAGCAGCGAUCCCUGAUCCAAAACUUGUAGCCAUGGCUAGGUGAAUUUGAAGAGGUGAGGUGAAGGUUUUCAGAGAUUAGUAGUAAUUGAUUACUGUCGAUGCUGUUUUGCUCCUGACCAGGUCAGGCUGUAUUUUGUCCUUGGAUUUUUAAAUUUUUUUUUUUUUCAAUUUUGAAUUUGGGAGGUUGGUUUUGAUCUCAUCCUCCAGACUUUGAAGAACACAAGAUACAUAGUUGUUUAAACUUUGUUGCAGCUUCAGAGCAUUGAAGAAGAACCAAAAUAAUGACAGACGGAAAUAGGAUCUGUCUGAUUGUACGCAGUUUAGACCUUUGUUAUUUUGAAAACUUUAAACUGAGAUUGCUAUGGAUGGUGAAAUUGCUAGUAGGAAAAGGGUUCCUUUGGAUGCAUUAUUGAAUUGAA